GCACCACAAGCUUUUAACCAACAAAAAAAAAAUGGGAAGCAGGAGGCUGUUUCUUUUACUUGCUUUCAAUGCUCUCAUGCUACUUGAAGCAUAUCGUUUUACCGAUAAAACUGAUAGGCAAGCGUUGCUCGAAUUCAAGUCUCAAGUCUCUGAAGACAAAAGAGUUUUCUUAUCCUCAUGGAAUCAAUCAUUCCCACUCUGCAGUUGGGAGGGGGUUACAUGUGGCCGCAAACACAAGAGAGUUACUAGUUUGGACCUCCGAGGAUUGCAAUUAGGCGGAGUGAUAUCACCAUCUAUUGGUAAUCUUUCAUUCCUCACAUAUCUUGAUCUCUCUAAUAACUCUUUUGGUGGAACCAUUCCUCAAGAGGUGGGAAACUUGUUUAGACUUGAAUACUUGGAUAUGGGCAUUAAUUAUCUGGGAGGAGGGAUUCCAGCAAGUUUGUCUAACUGCUCUAGAUUGUUGGACCUUGAUUUAUUUUCAAAUCCUCUUGGACGAGGUGUUCCUUCAGAACUAGGCUCAUUGACGAACCUAGUUAGUUUAAAUUUUCGUGAGAAUAACCUAAAAGGGAAGCUUCCUACAUCUCUAGGAAAUUUGACAUCACUCAUACGAGCUAGCUUUGGAGGAAACAAUAUGGAAGGAGAAAUUCCAGAUGAUGUAGCUAGGCUGAGUCAAAUGAUGAUUCUUGAAUUAUCUUUUAACCAAUUCUCAGGCGUUUUUCCUCCCGCAAUCUACAAUAUGUCCUCACUUGAAAAUUUAUAUAUGGCUUUUAAUCAUUUCUCGGGUCGUCUUAGACCUGAUUUUGGUAUUCUGCUACCAAAUCUUCAAGAGUUAAAUAUGGGAGGGAAUUUUUUCACCGGUUCCAUUCCAACAACACUUUCCAAUAUCUCAACUCUUCAAAAAGUGGGAUUGAAUGAUAACAAUCUGACAGGAAGUAUUCCUACUUUCGAAAAAGUACCAAAUUUGCAAUGGUUACUUCUUCGUAGCAAUUCGUUGGGAAGUUACUCUUUUGGAGAUCUUGACUUCAUCAGUUCUUUAACUAACUGCACCCAACUAGAGAAAUUAGGACUUGGUGGGAAUAGGCUUGGGGGUGACUUUCCUAUUUCCAUUACCAAUCUGUCCGUGGAACUCACCGAUUUACUCCUCGAAAAUAAUCACAUCUCUGGAAGAAUUCCUCAGGAAAUUGGGAACCUCUUAGGCCUCCAAACGCUUGGGUUGCGCGAAAAUAUGUUAUCUGGGCCACUCCCAACCUCUCUUGGUAAUCUCUUGGGACUUGGGGUUUUAGAUCUCAGCUCAAACAAAUUGUCAGGAGUAAUACCAUCUACUAUAGGCAACCUCACUCGGUUACAAAAACUCCGUUUGUCCAACAACAUUUUUGAAGGAACCAUUCCUCCAAGUCUUGGUAACUGCAGUGAACUGCUACAUUUAGAGAUUGGGUAUAAUAAGUUGAAUGGGACUAUACCUAAGGAAAUUAUGCAACUUUCACACCUUCUUACCCUCAGCAUGCCAAGUAAUUCUAUCAGCGGCACUCUUCCAAACGAUGUUGGACGACUACAGAAUCUCGUUCGACUAUCUAUUUCGGAUAAUAAAUUAUCAGGGGAGCUCUCACAGACUUUGGGAAACUGUCUUUCGAUGGAAGAAAUAUAUCUGCAAGGGAAUUCUUUUGAUGGAAUCAUUCCAAAUAUAAAAGGGUUGGUGGGUGUUAAAAGAGUUGAUAUGUCUAACAAUCAUUUCUCUGGAAGUAUUCCUGGAUAUUUUGAGAAUUUUUCCAAGUUGGAAUAUCUCAAUCUAUCCAUUAACAAUUUUGAGGGAAGCGUGCCAACAAAAGGAAAAUUUCAGAAUUCUACUGUAGUUUUGGUAUAUGGAAACAAAAAUCUCUGUGGAGGCAUCAAGGAACUGAAACUAAAGCCAUGUAUUGCCCAAGAACCACCAAUGGGGACAAAGCAUCCAUCUCUUUUGAAGAAAGUUGCGAUCGGGGUCAGCGAGUCCUUCAACCAACUAAGCUCAGCUGGUGUUAGAGGAACCAUUGGCUAUGCCGCACCAGAAUAUGGAAUGGGAGGACAACCAUCAAUACACGGUGAUGUAUACAGCUUUGGGGUUCUCGUUUUGGAAAUGUUCACUGGAAAACGACCAACCAAUGAGCUAUUUGAGGGGAGCUUUACCCUACACAGCUACACCAAAUCAGCCUUGCCGGAAAGAGUUUUGGACAUUGCAGACAAAUCGAUUCUUCACAAUGGUCUCAGGGUUGGUUUCCCUGUCGUUGAGUGCUUGAAAGUGAUUUUUGAUGUGGGACUUAGGUGUUGUGAAGAAUCUCCGACGAACCGGUUAGCAACGAGUGAAGCCGCCAAGGAGUUAAUCUCAAUCAGAGAGAGGUUCUUUAAAACCCGAAGAACAGCGAGACGUUGAAGUGUUUAUGGUUUCCCCUACAAACUUUGCCAUCCACUUAUAUAAUAUCAUAUUGUCUUUCAUAAUCUGUGGUUUGUUUUUCCCCUCUGUUUAUGCUCUGUUCUUUUCAGACAAGAUUGAAUGUUUGUGUUUUCUGCUUUAAAUUUUCUUGGGAUAAGAAUACUUUUGGCAAAAAUGAAGUAGCUGUGGUUUA